CCUUCACCUUGAAUGUCACGUCGGUCAGUCAAAGCCGUAAGCUUUCCGGAUCACACCAUUCUCAGGACGUGUGGCGUGGACGACAGUUGACAGAUAUUUUAUCACUUAACCAAAAUCAACCGACACGAUGGCUGAAGCAAAAGGAGACUUGGCCCUGAUUGGGUUGGCCGUGAUGGGUCAGAAUCUCGUCCUCAACAUGAAUGACCAUGGAUUCACAGUGGUUGCCUUCAACCGGACUGUGUCCAAAGUGGAGGACUUCUUGGCAAAGGAAGCCAAGGGCACGAAGGUGAUCGGCGCCAAGUCACUGGAGGAGAUGGUGAAGUUGCUGAAGAAGCCACGGCGGGUUAUGAUGCUGGUCAAGGCUGGACAGGCAGUCGACGCCUUCAUCGACAAACUGGUUCCUCUGUUGGAGAAAGGGGACAUAAUCAUUGAUGGUGGCAACUCCGAAUACCGAGACUCCAAUAGGAGAGCCAAAUCCCUGGAAGAAAAGGGGCUACUUUUUGUUGGCAGUGGUGUUAGCGGUGGUGAAGAUGGUGCACGCUACGGCCCAUCCCUCAUGCCGGGAGGGUCGCCAGCAGCGUGGCCGCACAUCAAGGAUAUCUUCCAGGGUAUAUCAGCCAAGGUCGGCAAGGAGCCAUGUUGUGACUGGGUGGGCCCUGAUGGAGCUGGUCACUUCGUGAAGAUGGUGCACAACGGGAUUGAGUACGGCGACAUGCAGCUCAUCUGUGAGGCCUACCACCUCAUGAAGUCUGCUCUCGGCCUGUCACACCCGGAAAUGGCAGAUGUACUUGAUGACUGGAACAAGGGAGAGCUAAAAUCCUUCUUAAUUGAGAUCACGAGGGACAUCAUGAAGUUCAAGGACGACAAGGGAGACUACCUUGUAGAGAAAAUAAGAGACUCAGCAGGCCAGAAAGGCACAGGGAAAUGGACGGCCAUUUCAUCUCUGGAGUAUGGAGUUCCUGUCACACUUAUAGGUGAGGCUGUGUUCGCGCGCUGCCUGUCAUCGCUAAAAGCGGAGCGCGAGCAGGCCAGCAAGCAGAUCUCAGGCCCCAAGAGCAGCACCUACACUGGGGACAAGAAGAAGUUCAUCGAUGACAUCAAACAGGCGCUGUACGCCAGCAAGAUCGUGUCCUACGCCCAGGGAUUUAUGUUGAUGCGGGAGACAGCCAAGGAACUGAAUUGGAAACUUAACUUUGGUGCAGUGGCACUAAUGUGGAGAGGAGGCUGCAUUAUCAGAAGCGUGUUCCUUGGCAACAUCAAACAGGCAUUUGACAAGAACCCAGAGCUGAGUAAUCUCCUCUUGGACGACUUCUUCAAGAAAGCGAUUCAGAAUUGUCAGGAUGCCUGGAGACGAGUGGUGUCGACAGCAGUGUUGCUCGGAAUCCCGACACCGGCCUUCAGCACAGCUCUAGCGUUCUUCGAUGGGUACCGCAGUGCCAGACUGCCAGCCAACCUCAUCCAGGCACAGAGAGAUUAUUUCGGAGCCCACACGUACGAGCUUCUGGACAAGCCCGGCACCUUUGUUCACACCAACUGGACUGGCCAUGGAGGGAGUGUUUCUUCAUCCACAUACGACGCUUGAUACGACAAAACCACAGACCGCUCAACAUUUGCAACCCAAUCACACUUUUCUGUAUAUUAUUUUUACCUGAUGAAGAACAACUGAUCGUAUUUCCAGAAAUCAUUCUUCUUUAGGCUUAUUAUAAAUGGCAUUGGAUGCGAAAAACAUACACUGAACUGUUUUCUGAGUGAUAUUGUUUAAUAUUGACUAAUAUUAUUAAAAUAUUAUGAAUGAUGUGUUGA